CUUGAACACUGGUUGAUGGCAAGCCAUCACCCGCAGCUUCACCGGAAGGUUGGGCAGACGCAAUAUUGCUUCCAGCUGAAGCACACCGGCACUGGCAUUCUGUCGAUGGACAAUGCGGGUGCCCACACCAAUGGAUCCCAGUUCUUCGUUUGCACCGUGAAGACCGCUUGGUUGGACAACAAGCAUGUUGUCUUUGGCGAGGUGGUUGAGGGCUUGGACAUUGUCAAGAAGAUUGAAUCUUUUGGCUCUCAGUCCGGCAAGACCUCCAAGAAGAUCAUGGUGGCUAACUGUGGUUAGCUUU